AUGUCUACUAGAUAUUAUAGAGUUCCAGACAUCCGCCGAAAACUAGUCGUGAUAGGUGACGGAGCAUGUGGUAAAACCUGUUUAGUCGCUGUUUUUUCUCAAGGUAAAUUCCCCGAUAUUUAUAUCCCAACCAUUUUUGAUAAUUUCAUCACCGAUUUAGAAAUUGACGAUAAAAAAGUAGAAUUAGCAAUUUGGGAUACGGCAGGACAAGAAGAAUAUGAUAGAUUAAGAGUAUUAUCAUAUAGUAAUGCCCAUGCCAUUUUGAUUUGUUUUUCAUUAGUGGUGCCUGAUUCUUUGGAUAAUGUAUUAGAGAAAUGGGUUGGAGAGGCUCGACAUUUUUGUAAAGAUGCUGCAUUGAUUUUGGUGGGGUGUAAAGCUGAUUUACGAUAUGAUGAAGAAGUAUUGCAGGGAUUGAGGGAACAAAAAAAGCAACCAUUGAGUGGAUCUGAAGGUGAGAGGGUGGCUAGAAUAAUUGGGGCGAAGUAUUACAUUGAGUGUUCGGCAAAGACUGGAAAAGGGGUGAAAGAUGUUUUUGAAACUGCUACUAGAGAGUCUUUGAAGGUGGGUAAGAAGUGUAAAAAGAAUAGAAAAUGUUGGAUUUUAUAA